UUGUCGUUGGCUAAGGCGCCCACUUGCAAGUGUCCCCAAUAAAAUCCAGAGUGUACUAGACUCUUGCUGCGUGUCCUCUGUUCCCAGAAUUCCCACCACAAUUUUGGUGUCAGAAGUGGGAUUCCCUCGGCGUGAGACGACAACGGACUCAGACCUGUAGGGAAGAGUGCACGACCCAGUACCUCCCCAGAAAACCAGGGUAGAGACGUGGGACCCGAGAGGCCUGAGACGCGGUCGGCUCACGGCAGGGAUCUGGAGGAUAUUAUACCAGAGGGCACAAAAGAGAAGUCGUCUGGUGAAAGACGCCUUACCACAAGAAGCAGAAGGACAAUUACACAGCGUGGAACCAGGAGACUGGAUUGUGGUAAAGGACUUCAGGAAGAAAGGAUGGAGAGCUCCUAGAUGGAUGGGGCCGUACCAGGUGCUUUUAACUACAACAUCCGCAGUGAAGGUCGCAGAGAGGGCUACGUGGAUACACGCCAGCCAUUGUAAGAAGAUACCGAAUCCACAGGACGACCCUUCAGUAUCAUCUUAGUAAGCAGCCAGCGGAGCAGUAUCAGACAAUUGCCAAAGGGUGUGUUAGGGUAAAAGUCCGAGCUACAAAGGGGUGUGUACAAUAGGUGCACUCGUCUCAAACUCGGUGAAGAAGCCAACAAACCCAGCACCAUUAGGGCAGGAGUCUGAUAUCUGUGAAGUGGAUGCUUCAAAAGAUGUCAUCUACACCGUGGCAUCCAUUCAGACAACUUGGCUGUAGCCUAGGUGGAGGAGUAUGCAGUAUAGUAACCAUCAGCAUAAUAAUGGUGGUUCCAAUUUUAUGGAGCCUAGGCAGCCGAGCAGAAGAAAAGGAGUUGGCACCACUCACAUCAGAGUACAACCAUACAACAGCAGAUAUUCAUCGUCGCAAGAGGGAGCUGUUUCAAGAUACACAGUGGAAGCCGUGGGGUUUUGAUGCCAACUCUGUGAAGUAUGAAAAACCAGAGCACCUUAAUUCUUGGUGGUCAUUCAUACGAUUCCUGAGCAAAAGAGCUCCAGGCACUGGGCCUAUGUUAGUUGCAUACAAGCCUUUGGGAAACUGGAAUCCAUUGUUCAAUCUGACCACAGAUUAUGAAGGAUGCACCAAGGAGGCAGUAGAGUUUACUGGACAUGUCAACAUGCAGAAUCCCAGAGGAAGACGCCAGUGGGCAAUCACUAAACGUGGGUGCAAGAAACUUGCAGCUGCAUACACAAACGCAAUGUACUCCAACAACUCACCAGAGAAAACUCUCAGAUGUUGGUACAUGCUUUGUGAAGACAGCUUUGACCCCCAACCAUGGCUGGACCUGGAAAAUGUGACGCCAGUAGAAAUUACAAUGCAAACCCCGGUGUCAGAAACUCUCACAUGUGUGUGUAACAACGGCACAGGACAGUUCAUGGGACAGUCACAAUGCGACACACAUGUGACAGGACAAAUGGUGAUCCAGACCUAUGCCAAAGAAGGAAUCUCCUUAGCGGUACAUGACACAGCAGACUCAAACCUAACAAUGAACAUUGGUAAGACACAAGUAGUGGCUAACAACAGUCUAAGAUAUCAUGUUGGAUUAGGCAUAGGAUUUAUGUAUUCCAAUUAUUGGCAAUGUGGUAAUAACACCUAUGAAAUGUUACCAAUUAAUUGGAACGGUUGUUGUUAUUUGGUGAAAUUGAAAGUACACAAUGUGAUGAUAAUGCGAGGGCAGGAGUCACACUUGAAUCGAAACAAACGGGCAUUGGCUCAAUUCCACAAUAUUCAGUCAUACCAUUGGCGCAUUUCUCUGGGUGAAAAAUGGGGCAUUGGCAUUUUACCAUGGUAUGGGGUGACUUUUCUUGCAGAUCACAUUGACAACAUCACAUAUACAAUGUCAGCAUUUGCAAAUGAAACCAUUAAAGGCUUUGAAUAUUUAUCAGCUAAUGAUAAAUCGCACCGAAUGACACUGCUUAAACAUGAAAUGGCAUUAGAUUUCCUUAUGGCUAGGACGGGGGGACUUUGCAUAACAUUGAAUUUAACAGGCGAUGCAUGUAACUACAGCAAUAGAUUCAGCAACAGGUUCAUGGUCUUCAUCGGCUCAGGCAACGUAUCUGGGCUUCAGCAACUACUGACGACGAGCCAGGUGAUGAUGCAACAGAAGUGGAACUCUUUGACUUGA